UAUGGCCACCAUGAAGUAUGAGGACAUAAUGGAAAGGCUCAUUGAAUGAUCGUUAAAUAAUUAUAAUACAUCAUGCUUUUAUUGCUUUAUGGUACAUUUAGUUUAUUAUAAGUCAAAAAUAUAAUGGCUAAAGACAAGUCCAUCGAGACGAUUCAUGCUGCUCUAAAGCGAAGAGUAUUCUUUGAUGAAUGUGUACCAAAAUUAUUUGGCCUUGACAAUCAAAUCAGAGAGCUGCAAGAACUAAUUCUGAGAUGCUGUCAGUUUGGAGAAAGUAAUUCUGUUUUAUUGGUUGGAGCAAGAGGAAGUGGGAAGUCAUGCGCCUUAAAUCAUGUUUUCAAAGUUUUGGAUGAAAAAAAGAAAUUGAAAAAUCUCUUGCAAGUUCAUUUAAAUGGUCUCCUUCAAACUGAUGAUAAGCUGGCUUUAAAAGAGAUAACUAUUCAGCUGAAGCUUGAAAAUACUGUUGGUGAUAAGAUAUUCGGAUCGUUCGCGGAAAAUUUGUCUUUUCUUCUCGAAGCUUUAAAAACUGGCGACAAGGAAUGUCAACCCAUUUUGUUUAUACUGGAUGAAUUUGAUCUUUUCGUUUUUCAUAAAAAUCAAACAUUAUUGUAUAAUUUAUUUGAUAUUUCUCAAUCCGCUCAAAACCCGGUUCUUGUCAUUGGACUCACUUGUCGUUUGGAUGUUGUUGAACAUCUGGAAAAAAGAGUAAAAUCGAGAUUUUCUCAUCGACAAAUACAGUUUUUCAACGAUUUUAUGUUUGGUGACUACAUUGAUAUAUUUAGGUCGAUCGUUGCUGUGCCUCCAAAUUUUUCUAAUAAAGCAACUGCUAAAGCUUGGAACAAAAGCAUCGAGACUCUGUGUACAGACAGUCGUUUUCGUGAUGUAUUAUACGAAAAUUAUACUUACGACAAAAGCAUUCAAGGAUUACAUUUGUUGAUGAAUUCGCCAGUUUUGUUUCUCUCUCGUGAAAACCCUAUCCUGCUGACGGAAGACUUUGAAGAGGCAAGAAAGGGUUUGAACGUGGAUCACAAAUGUGUCAUGCUACUUGGAUUGUCCGUUCUUGAACUAUGUUUACUUGUCACGAUGAAAUAUUUGGUUGAAACGUUUGAUGAUGAUACCUUCAACUUUCAGACUGUAUUUAAUGAAUAUCAGAAAUUUGUAAGAACAAGAGGCCAUUCUCUACAAUGUUUUGAAAAAAACGUCGUUUUGAAGGCGUUUGAACACUUAUUAGCACUGGAAAUUGUUAAAAACGUCGACAGUGGUGCCAAAAAUACACCGAAAGAGUACCGUCCUUUGAGUUUGCUUGUCGAGCCAUAUCAAAUAAUGGAAGUCGUAAAAAAGUAUCCUGAAUGUCCGACUGAGUUGGUUCAAUGGGCAACAAGUGGGAAGAAUUAGGAUAGUUAUAUAGUUAAAAAGCUAACGACAGAAAUAGACUGUGGCAAAGAAUUAUUCCGUCGUAUUGAAAGCAUUUUCAAUGCUUGAAAGAUGUUUUCAACGGCAUCAACCACCUCCUUUUGGUAGUUGAUCAUUUCUACAUUUCAUCUCCUAUUUUCAGGGCAUUUUGGAGCAAUUGCAUUAUGCAUAGUCAUGUAUUUAGAUUAUACGUAAUAUUUCACGUAAAUUGAAGUUUAUGGAAUUAGGUAACCAUCCGCUGGUAUCAAUUGUCAGUUUGUUGAA